AUGUCUAUCCGGUGGCUGCUCUCACUUCUACUUGCCACGUGGACGCUUCUCUCGAUCGCGCGGCUCGUGUUCGAUUUGAUUGGAAAUCUUUGGGUCGUUGUCGUUUUUGAUUUUGUGCAGAUAGUGUUUCUGAUAUCCGGUCUCUUCGGUGCCACUCAAAAACGUCGGCCACUUCUCUACACUCUCCUCACUUCGAAUGCUCUCUCCGUCAUUGUCAAUGUGCUCAUUUUCCUAUGGUACAUUGGAGUUUUCGGAGAGAUUUCAAGGCCUUAUCUGUCAGCGGGACUACCAUAUUCGUCGUCGUUCUUUUUGAGAUUCACGCCCGGGUGUGAUGCGGAGUUUGAUGUGAUCAGAAAAAAAUGGGUCCAAAAAACCUGUCUAAUCCCAUUCUACUCAAUCGAAGCCUCCCAAUCAAUUCUUCACAUCAUCUUCGCCAUCGUCACCUCCAUUUUCUCAAUUCUAGUUCUCAUUGAAAUCAAAAAGAAGCCCAUCAGAUCGUGCUCCCAAUCCAUCAAUCACUAUGCUCAGAUUAGUGCAUCGAAAGUUGCAAAGGCACCGAGCACGGGGACAACUAAUAAUUCGAGUAGUGGAUAUUUGAAUUCUCAGUAUGACGACUUGAGUUCAUCUCGAGAGAAGUCAUCGGCAGAGGUCAAAAAAGAGGUAAAAGGGCAAUUCGAGAGGAAUUCAAAGAAGAAAAAGAAGACGCCUCGUCCAGCAAUGCCGGCUCCAGACUGUGCUCCAUGCUCCUCAAAUCGAUCAUCUGAAGAGGAGAAUAAUCCUGAAGACGUCUAUACAAAACCAAUAAAAAAGAAGUCACUGGUGUUGAGACGACCAGACCUGGAAGAAGACGUCAAUUCCCCCCACAUCACUCCAACUAAUGUCACGUCAUUAGUGAGUUUCGAUCCGAAAAGUGCCACGCUACUCCGAAUACGACAACAUUUGGAGGCGGAGCCUUCUGAUAGAGAUACUCCGGACUAUGACAUGUACGAACGUCUUCGUUCUCGAUCUUCUGGCGGUGGUCAAUCAGACAUCGUUCCUGCUUCAACUAUUCCAUUAAGUUCGGACUAUAAAUCAAGGAAUGCGUCGCAAGAUUCAGUUCCGUCGAUGUUCGCACCGAUGCUUGAUUCACCCGCACCUUCCUCCACGUCAUCAAGAUCUUCUGGUGCUUCUAGUGGCCUCAGACCUUUUGGGAAGGCUGGAAUUUCGCUUUCGGUGGAUCCUUCGCCGAUUUUGUCACCUGGAAUUCGGUUAUCUGAACAGCUGGGAGCCAAAAAACAACCAUAUAAAAGUGCAUUCCGAGUCCAAAAGACUGAAAAUGCACGGGUAAUAAGUCAUUAUCAUGCUCCGAACGAAAUUCCAUUGUCCAGUGAUCCGUCGGUUGUGGAGACUGGAAACUAUCCAGUGAUGACGAGUGGCGGUCUUCUUGUUUGA